UGCGUGUGUGGGGUUGAGUGUUUGCCGGGGUGGGGGUGAGGGAGAGCCGCACCAACCGCGCGGCUGUGAGCAAGGGGGCGGGGGGUGAGUGGGCGAGGGCGUCGGGCCUGGCUGCUGGAGCCGCGGCGCCGGCGGCGGCGGCAGCGGAGAAAGGAGGCGGCUCCCGGCAUCCCGACCCCCCUUCCCCUGCCCUCCUUCUCGGACUUCCAGCCCGCCCGGCCUCCCGCGCUGCCCUCAUAGGCCCCCAGCCCGGCGCCGCCGGCCAAGAGCGAGGGAGGAGCCGCCCGAGCCAGAAUAAUUACCAUUGGGAAGAGGCCUCUCAAGAAAAAUGAAUGAAGAAGCAUCUUAGGAUUCUCAUUUAAUUAGCCUUGCCUGGACUAUUGGAAGAUAGCAGAUAAAGAUAAAUUGGAGGAGUCUAUAUUCAGGACGAAGUAAUCCCAGGAAAGGAAGAACAGCAGAUCAAGAUGUGUAGCUCUGUGGCUGCCAAGUUGUGGUUCUUGACAGAUCGUCGAAUCAGGGAAGACUAUCCCCAAAAAGAGAUCUUACGAGCAUUAAAGGCCAAAUGUUGUGAGGAGGAACUGGACUUUAGGGCUGUGGUGAUGGAUGAGUUGGUGCUAACAGUUGAACAAGGAAACCUGGGUCUGCGUGUCAAUGGAGAACUAAUCACCGCCUACCCGCAGGUGGUGGUAGUGAGAGUACCAACCCCUUGGGUGCAGAGUGACAGUGACAUCACUGUUUUGCGCCAUCUAGAGAAGAUGGGAUGCAGGCUGAUGAACCGACCUCAAGCCAUCCUGAACUGUGUUAAUAAGUUCUGGACGUUUCAAGAAUUGGCAGGUCAUGGUGUUCCUCUGCCAGAUACUUUUUCUUAUGGUGGUCAUGAAAAUUUUGCUAAAAUGAUUGAUGAAGCAGAAGUACUGGAGUUCCCAAUGGUAGUGAAGAAUACACGUGGUCAUAGAGGCAAAGCGGUUUUCUUGGCUCGAGAUAAGCACCAUUUGGCUGAUCUAAGUCACCUUAUUCGCCAUGAAGCUCCAUACCUGUUCCAGAAGUAUGUUAAAGAAUCUCAUGGAAGGGAUGUACGUGUCAUUGUUGUGGGAGGCCGUGUGGUUGGCACCAUGUUACGCUGUUCUACAGAUGGGAGGAUGCAAAGCAACUGCUCACUAGGUGGUGUCGGGAUGAUGUGCUCAUUGAGUGAACAAGGGAAGCAGCUAGCUAUCCAGGUGUCUAAUAUCCUAGGAAUGGAUGUGUGUGGCAUUGACCUAUUGAUGAAAGACGACGGCUCCUUCUGUGUCUGCGAGGCCAAUGCAAAUGUAGGUUUCAUCGCCUUUGAUAAGGCUUGUAAUCUAGAUGUAGCUGGUAUCAUUGCGGACUAUGCCGCCUCCCUUCUGCCCUCUGGCCGGCUCACCCGGCGUAUGUCCCUGCUCUCCGUGGUGUCCACGGCCAGUGAGACUAGUGAGCCGGAGCUGGGUCCCCCAGCCAACACUGCUGUCGACAACAUGAGCGCAAGUUCCAGCUCUGUUGACAGCGACCCUGAAACCACCGAGCGAGAGCUGCUCACCAAGCUCCCAGGGGGCCUGUUCAACAUGAACCAACUGCUAGCCAAUGAAAUCAAACUCCUGGUGGAGUGAUUCCACCGGUAAAUAAUUAACCAACAAAACCCUUGUAAAACUUUCUUUUUCUUCUUUUCUUUUUUUUUCUUUCUUUUUUCUUUUCUUUUUUAAACCAACUUGCAAUGCUGUUCAUGAAAAAUGCUCAGGAAGAUGAGAAAAUUGAGUAGGAGUAGUUAGGAGGGAAGAAGUGGGAGAUAGACAUGAUCUCUGCUAUUAAGGUGUUACUUUUAUUUACAAAUGCUACAGAUAGAGAGGCAGAAGAGGUGAGACACAGAAAAAUGUUAGGCUCUUGUAGUUACUCUUUUAAGUUACUCAGAAAUGUGUAGGCUCUCAGGCCAUGAAUUUUUUUCAUGGUCCUUUUUGUUUUUGUACAGUUGGUACAAAUUUCACAGGAGUGUAAUUUCAUAUUGCAUUUUAACGGAUGAGGUAAACAUCCACCUAAAUUAUAAUUUUUUCUUUUUUAAAAAUCUGAAAAUUCAGCCUAUACACUAUUAACUAGCAGCUUUAUCUUCAUAUUUACGAAAUCCUGAGGGACUCUUUUAGCGACUUUUUUCAACCCUUGAUAUGGGUGGGAGGGCAACGUGAGUGUGACCCAAUAAAAAUUUCCUUUAAUGACAAAAUUGGCAUGUUUGCAUGCAUGAUAAAAGGGAAAUGAACAGUAUUGCAAUGUCUGGCACACAAAACAACAUUUACUCCAUUGUAGAUAAAAUUGCACUAGUUAAAAAUAUGUGCAUUGACUUGUAUUUGUUAGUGUUUUAGCCUUUUUUGAAAGACAUAUGCUCUGUUAAUGUUGCAUUUUUUUUUAAUACAUGCUAGUCUUAACAUUCCCUGAUCUAUGCCUGCAUCUUUAAGAAUGGCCAAAGUGAAGAAAAUGCUACCUUUUUUGUUAACAAGACACUGACUUGAAACAUGUGCAUUUAAGCCUUUUAUUUUUUCCUUUUUUCUUUUGGUGGUUGGGCAUUUAAAGAAUAAGGACAAGGAAAAAUAUUUUGGGGGAGCAAAUCAAGGGCCUAUAAGUUCCUGACUAUAAAACUGAAGUGAUUCCAUCAUUAUUUAUUUGCAUUUUUCACAUUUUAAGAGGGUGUUGUGUGUGUGUGCGUGUGUGUGCGCAUGUGCUUGCACACGCAUGCAUGUUUAUGUGUUUGCUUUUUGUUUACACCAACCAAUCAAAAAGGAUAGAUACUAGAAAAUGGAGCAUGAUGGGAAACACAGUUUUUUACUUAAAAAAAAAAAAAAAACAGUCAAGUUGUUUUCAUAACUGUACUCUGCUGGGUAGAGGUACUCACCUGAAGAUAUGAGGAGAAUAGAUUCUUUUUAGGCAUUUGUGUAUAUGUGUGUUGUUUGCUUUUUUCUUUGAUUCUAGACUGUCCAGUGUAUGAUUUAUUCAAGGCUACAUGCUUUCCCUCUGCUUCUUGCUGUGCAUUUUUUCCUGUUACACAUAGAUUUUGCGGUGGGGUAGACUGAACAUUUUUUGUUUGGGGACUUAGCAGUCUCUUAUAGCCCUACUCUGAAGCCUUCAAUAUUCUCUUUAUAUUUCUUUAUUUCUGAAUUCAUAAAAGCCCCCAAACUGCAUAUAAUAUGAGCCUUUAAACAUGGGAAACUAUUCCAACGAAUGGUUUGGAAGGUGUGUUAAGAAGUAGAGAUGAUCCAGAAUUCAACGUAAUUUUUUUAAGCAGCAAGUUCCAUCUCCCUACAAUCCUCUGAAGCUUUUUACCCAAGUCCUUUCUUGCCUCUCCAGUGCUUUUUUUCCUUCAGAUGGACCUUAAACAUAAUUUCUUGGACACUUACUAGAGAGACUUCGAGGCAAUAAGAUCAGUAUUAACCAGUUCUAACAGAGGUUUGAUCAUGCUUAUUGUACAGUUUUUCCCCCAUUUAAAAAAAAAAAGGAAUGUAAUAAAAUUUGUUUUCUUUUCCAUAGAAUUAAAUAAUAUUAAAAUGGAGUGAAAGGUUGAUUGUUGACAAAUAGAAUAGUACCUCUAAUCUGUGCAGUGUCUCAUUUCACCUUAGUAAAAGAUGUAUAAGAGGAGUUUCUGGUUUACUUUAGGAUAUUCUAAUCUCAUCUAAAAGAAUUUGACUUGUACCAGGUUAUCGUGGGACAUAUUGUGGCAUAUAUAAGUACCUCUGGCUCACUUGGUACUUGUUUUACUGAAUGACCGUACUUUGGAAGGUGCACACUAUUUGGGAUAGAGAACUGAAAAGGGAGAAUAUUUAAUUAAAUCAUAAUUCAUAUGUGUAUAGAGACCAUCUGGUUGCCACAUAGAUUAUGACACAUAUACUUGGAAUAGUUACAUAUCACAUGUAUAUAGGUCAGUGCAGUUUAAAACACAAGUAGAAUACCUCUCUCUUUGAUGAAAAACUCAAGGUUUCUCUUGGAUGGGAUAAGGCACCAGGAAAGAUACAGGUGUAGCCUUGUAAAAAAUUAUCAAAUUGACCAACUACGUUAGAAAAAAUAUCUGAGAUUAUUUCACUGUUACUUUUGCUCACUAUCCAUCUUUUGUGCAUUCACACUCUAUUAAAACAUAGCCUUACCAACCUACUUCUAGAUCAUACACUCAUAUGUUAGAAUGAGAAGGGCAAGAAUGGUCAUCUUAGAGUUAAAGAACACAAAUGUCCUCUUGAAUUCUCUCAAAAAAGUAAAGACUAUGAACAAACCAUACUGGAAGAACCCAAAUAAACCAGCCCAGAUAUUUAAGUGAAAGUUAAAUAUAUUUUCAUAUUGUUUAGUAAAUUUCUUAAAAUCUUUAUUGCUAUUAUGAGAGUUAAAAAUGUGUAUUAACUAAAUAUGUAUAGUUGUUAUCAUGUGAAAAUCUGAAUUAUUGUAAAACUAUUAUAUAUUGUUAAAAUUGUAAUUCUGAAUUGUAUUUAAACAUAAUUCUUUCUGAUAUUGCUUUUAUGUCACCCAUGAUGAAAAGCGGACUAUAUAUAUAUACACAAACAUACAGAUAUGAACUAUUCCAUUUAAAAGUUUUAAUAGUUAUUUUCUUUUGAUUGGUCAUUUCUGCUGGCUUUAAUUCCACUGAACUUUGAAAUAUUUCUGUAUAUGCUAUCAAAUAAGAAAACAUCCUGGAAUAUUUAGGAAAAAAAUCCAUUGAGAGACUUGUUUUCAUCAACCACUUUAUCAGACUUUUGAGAAGGUAUUGAAGACAUUGAAAGAAGUCAUUGACUUUCAUGAUCAUCUCUUCUUUUUCUCAAGAAGAAAACAAGGAAAAAGAAAUUCUCUUCCUUCAGUGAAUCCCCAGUUUGGGGUCUGGGGCGCUUAGAGACAUUGUGAAAUCCAAUCUUGUGUUACAUUUUUCUGCUGGCUCACUCACUCUUUUUGAGAAGGUUUAUGGGCUAUAUGGCUGGUGAGACACGAUCCCCUCCUAAGAAAAUGUAGGUGCUCAGACAGGUAACCUCUGCUGCUACUGUUUUUAUUUGUUUGUUUGUUUGUUUAAUUUCUUUUAAAAAUUGUUUUUGUUGUACUAGGAUAUUUUUUAAUGUAAUAUAUUGCAGGAUUUAUAACGAGGUACUGCUUUCUUUCUUUCCUUUUUUUUUUUUUUCCUUAAAAAACAAAACAAAACAAAAUUUCAUUUAAGAUACAUUUAGGCGCCUUUGAAGCUUGGAUUUUGGAAUGUUUCAGUAGUGGACAGAAAUCUGCUGUUGGAAUCUCCUAGUCUUCCAGGUUUAAUUUGAAAUGUUUUUAGUUUUGUUUUGGAUUUUUGUGUGAUAUUUUAUUUCCUUUAUACCAAUUGCCCUUUUGCCAUGCUGUUUUGGGGUGGCUGCCUAACUCUAGUGACAGUUCUUUCUACAUUAACGAAAAUGUGGUGUUUUAAAUUCCAUAAUGUUUUGCAUUUUUUAAAUUGUUUUUAAAGAAAUAUUCUAACUGCUUGCACUAUUACUGUUCUUUGCCAGCCUUUUCAGGAGCCAAAAAAACAAAAACAAACAAA